AUGGAGGAAACCCACAACAGCACUCAACAGGGAUUUCUGCUCCUGGGCUUUUCAGACCAGCCCCAGCUGGAGCGGUUUCUCUUUGUCGUCAUCUUGCACUUUUAUAUCCUUGGCCUUCUGGGGAACUCCGCCAUUGUGCUGGUGUCUUGCCGGGACCCCAAACUCCGCACCCCGAUGUAUUUCUUCCUCCGGAACCUCUCCUGUGUGGACAUCUGCUUCACCACCAGUGUGGCUCCACAGCUGCUGGUGACCAUGAACAAGAGGGACAAGACCCUGAGCUAUGGGGGCUGUGUGGCCCAGCUGUAUGUGGCCAUGGGCUUGGGCUCCUCUGAGUGCAUCCUCCUGGCAGUCAUGGCAUAUGACCGCUACGCGGCCGUGUGCCAGCCGUUGCACUACACAGCAGUCAUGCACCCACGGCUCUGCACAUCCCUGGCCAGUGGGGCAUGGCUCAGCGGCCUCCUCACCUCCCUGGUCCAGUGCUCGCUCACGGUGCAGCUGCCUCUCUGUGGUCAUCGCAGACUGGACCACAUUUUCUGUGAGGUUCCAGUGCUCAUCAAACUGGCCUGUGUGGACACGACCUUCAAUGAGGCAGAACUCUUUGUGGCCAGUGUCGUCUUCCUAGUCAUCCCUGUGUCACUCAUCUUGAUCUCCUACGGCUUCAUAACCCAAGCUGUGCUGAGGAUCAGGUCGGCCGCAGGGCGCAGGAAGGCCUUUGGGACGUGCUCCUCGCACCUGCUCGUCGUCGUCAUAUUCUAUGGGACCAUUAUCUUCAUGUAUCUUCAACCAGCAAAAAGUAGCUCCAAAGACCAGGGCAAGUUUGUAUCUCUUUUUUACACGGUUGUCACCCCACUUCUAAACCCCAUUAUCUACACUCUGAGGAACAAAGACGUACAAGGAGCCCUGAGGGCGAUGGUCCUGGGAAAGGCUGCAGGUCAGGCCAGCCGGGAGCUGUAG